AUGUGGCGUCAUAAAUAUGGUUGUAGUGUAUUCUUGUUGACGUUAGUAUUUUCGUGUUGGGCUAUACAUAAUACUAGUGCCCAAUCAAGUUCUCGCUGUAAGCUUAAACGCUACACACAUAAAGCUGUGCAGACUGAUUUAAACGGAUUGCGAUGCUGGGAUGAUGUCAAGAUUAAAUCGUGUUGGGGAUAUUGCUUAUCAUACGAGACUGCACAUUGGCAGUUUCCGUACAAAGAGUCCUACCAUCCGGUCUGCGUGCACGGUGAAAGAAAACAUGCAUCUGUUAAACUAAGGUUCUGUGAUCCAGACGUAGAACCUGGCACUGAACUAUACCAUUAUGUUGAAGCUGUUAACUGCAAAUGCCAGGUAUGCUCUUCUGAAGAUACAAGCUGUGAAUGGUUGCCUCCAGAUUACUCUUUGCUCGGUGACCGUUUAGUCAAAGAACAACUAGAUGAUAUUGAA